AUGGAUAAUUGGAAUAAUAUUUUAAAAAGAAACAAAGAAUAUAUAAAAGCUAAGAAUAAAAUAAAGACCCAAGUUGAAAAUAACAGAUUACAACAACCUGGAUUAACGGAAAAUCUACAAACUCUAUUUCAACCAAUAUUAAAAUCUCAAGAGGAUAUUAAAAAGAAAUUAGCUUUAGAAUAUAGAGCUCCUAUAGAACCCACACCUUCUAUAGAACCUCAUCACCCAGAACCGAAUCAAUAUGAUUCAAUACUAUUUAGUAAUGUUUACCCUUUAUUCGAAAUCGAUAAAAAAGACUUUAUAUUUACAACAACAGAAGGAUUAAUAGAUUUAAUGAAUGGCGGGGAUAUUGAGAUUGCCAAACGCAAGGAUUUAGUAGAAUACUUAAAAUUUCUGUAUAUGAUAAAGAAUAAGCGCAAAACAAAAAGAUUGAUGGCAGUUGAAACAUAUUUAAAUAUUAUCAAGUUAUUCCUGAUGAAGAGGAAUCAGAUGAUUAUGCAGAAGAUUAUCCACCAAUCACGCAAGAAAUAG